AUGGAGAAAGAGAAUGAAAAUAAACAAGAGCAGAGAGAGGAGAAGCACCAGCCGCCCUACAUUUCAUCGAUGCAACCAGUGACUACGGAGGCAUACGGCGGCGGGAUGUACGGCGCAGAGGAAGGCGCUCAAAAGAAGCCGCCGGCAAGCGACACCCAAAGCGCUGAUGGGCCGGCCGAAGCGACCAUCGAGCCCAAGCAUAAGCCGCCGCCCUCCACCGGAGAUCCGGAUCUUGAUGUAACUGGCCAAUCUUAUAUUCAGUGA